UUCUUGUUCUGAGUAAUAAUGUCACCACAGAAAGUAGCUAUAGUAACUGGCGCGAAUAAAGGCCUCGGUUUUGCCAUUGUUAAAAAAUUGUGUUCGAAAUAUGAAGGUUUAGUGUAUCUCACAGCAAGAAAUGAAAAUCGAGGUGUCCAAGCGAUAGAAGAAUUGAAAAAAAGUAACUUACAUCCAACUUUUCACAAACUAGACGUCUCUGAUCAAAGAAGCAUUUCGGAUUUCGCAGACCGUAACAAACAAAUAGAAAUUUUAAUUAAUAAUGCAGGAAUACUAUUCCUCAAGGACGCUAAGGAACCGCUAUGCUAUCAGGCUGAACAGACAAUUUUAAUAAACUUUUUCGGUUUAGUGAACUUUUGUGAAACUGUGAUACCGUACGUGAAAAAUGGAGGGAAAAUUGUGAACAUAUCGAGUUCGUCGGGUCAUUUGUCGCGUUUACCUUCAGAAGAAUUAAGAAAUAAAUUCAGUUCAGAAGAUUUAACUUUAGAUGAGCUGAAGGAAUUGAUGCAGAGUUACAUAGAAGCGGUGAAGCGCGGUGACGAUUUGAAGGACACUUGGGGUGAUUCACCCUAUGUCGUGUCUAAAGUUGGAGUCAACGCGUACACUUUUAAUUUGAGCCGUAGAUUAUCGCCGAAAGGUAUAACAGUAAACUGCAUCCAUCCAGGCUAUGUGAUCUCUGAUAUGACAAGAGGUGCUGGUAACGUGACUCCUGAAGAUGCGGCCGAAGUGCCUCUGAAGCUCGCCUUACAACCAGAGGGAUCGGGACUCUUUGUAUGGCAUAAUGGGAGUCCUGUCCCGUGGGAUGGCCCUGACCCACGGGGUUACAUCGAUGGGAAGUCAUAGUAUUUAUUUUUAAUAUACAUAUAUUCUCUUUAUGA